AUGGCCUUGCAAGCAAGGACCUACCCCUGGCGCACAGAGCAGGCUAACAACAUCGACCUCGUCUUCACCGGCUUCCUCCUAGUGAUUUUGCUCGGUGCCGCCCCGCUGCUACGGCUGGACCUUUCGCAGUCCACCUCAGUGCUUGGAUGGAUGCUUUGUGUGCCGGUGUGCGGCCUGAUUGUAGUGGGCGCCGUGUUCCUUGUCCGGUCCAUUGUGAGACAUUACCAGCAGAGAUACCUUUUCGGCAUCUUCCUCUGCCAUCACAAAGGGGGUGCCGGAAGCCUGUGCCGGCUGAUGAAGCUCAUGAUUGCCAGGUACAGCCCUACCCGGGUUUUCCUGGACUGCGAUCAGCUUGAAAACUUGGACCUGCUCUUCGACAUUGUCCGAUCCUCCACUCAGAGCGUUGUGGUUGUGCUGACCCGCGACCUCUUGAAACGUGUUUGGUGUGCCGGAGAGAUCACGACGGCGUGGAAGAACAAGGUGACGACGGUGCCGCUGGUUUGCGAUGGCUUCCAGCCGCUUCCGGAAGAGGUGCGCAAGCUGAUCGUCACAUGGUGGACACCACAGCAGCAGCAGAUUCUU